AUGACGUCUGCAAUCUUUUCUACUGUUGUCAUGUAUUGCAUUAUAACUUUUGACGGAUCCCGUGCGUCUUCUCCCGUCCAGCCACCGGUACCACCGUGGGCCUUCCCCGUCCUGCUGGACCCAGACGCCGUGGUCUGCUUCUCGGACGGUGCCUGGACGUUGGGAUCCUCCUUAGGAGGAAUGGGAUGGGUUUUUAAAGACCCUUCUGGUGCCAUUCUAGCCCAAGGCUCGGCGUCUAGUGCCUUCCUCCCUUCAGCCUUAGCUGCUGAAGCCUCUGCUAUCAAGCUUGCCCUCCUCGCUGCGAAGGCUGCUGAUUAUGAAAACUUGACUUGUUUCUCGGAUUGUCAGGAGCUGAUCCUCCUCCUCAAGACGAAUGGUCUCUCGAACGAAAUCCAGGGCCUCCUCCUGGACAUUAGGUUCCUUGUUUCUUCUUUUGCUUGGGUUAACUUCUUGUAUGUGCCUCGAGCACAAAACUCUGAGGCUGACCUCCUGGCUAAGUCCAGUCUAUCUGGAUGUGUCGCUCCCAUUGUAGGAGACUAA